AGCCAAGGGCAAGGGACCGAGCUAUAUACUGGAAGUGGAGUCAGAUGGCUACAGAAUCAAUCCUACCGGUUCAGAUUCCGCGGAGACGGAAUGCGGACCCGUCGAGACGACAGAGAAUCCUACAGGAGAAGGCAAUACGAAGAACCAGGGACAGUGAAGGACAGCCGCCCGAUGCCCCCGUUCAGCGUCGCACCACCCGAUCCACAACCGUCUCGGACGCUACCCCUUCUCGUCCGCGGACCGGAUCCCAGCCCCAAGAACCAGGUCCCCUUAGGAAAGCUCGCGGGAGAGAGAAACAGAGGGGGAGUCGCUUCUUCGAAGAAGCAGAGACGGACGACAGGCCUAAUAUUAGCGCUCCGGACAACGCAGAGAUAUUCACCGGUGGAAAACCGCUUCCCAGCGAUGACGUGCUGAACGCUCUCUUCAGUCGACUUAUGGAUAAGAUGAAGCUCCCACCUGAGAGAGUGGCAGAGCUGAACAUGAGGCGCAGAGAGUACAAGUGGAGCCUUAUUCUGGCUCAGCAUGAGAUCCAGCAGGGAAUAGCAUGUGUGUUCUACGUGGAGCAGUUGGUGAGACACGCUCAACCAGAACUGAAGGAGAAGAGGCCCAAGAAGAAACUGCUAGAGAACCUGCAGCCCCUCGGGAAAGUGCUCCGCGAUCUUGAAGUCGAUCUGCGAACCAACCCAAACGAUUCUUGGGUGGAAGAGUUUGUCGGUAACCCUAACCACGGCCAUGUGGCACUGAUUGAUCUCAUCAAGGACUUAGCCGAUCAUCCGAUUUCUGUCCCGCGCAAAAACGGCAAGAAAUACGCAGUCCUCAAUAGAGAACCUACCUACCUUCAUAAUGCACUGCUCUGCGUCAAAGCUCUGACAGCACAUAGAGCUGGGUUCAAUGCAGUUCUGAGCUACGACCCCAGUCUUUCCGUGCUUGCUUAUUGUCUGGACAACUCCAGCACCAAAGUCAAAGUCCUGGUCUUGAAACUGAUGGUGACAGUACUGCUGGCUCCUGGUGGGCACAAGAAGGUGAUGCAGGCAUUUGACUACUUCAGAGCUGUCAUGAAAGAGCGGGACGCGUUUCCAGAUGCUCAUGUCUGCACUAGUACAAGAGCCAGUAGAUCCUGCCUUCCAAGCAGCAGUGCUAUGUUUCAUCAACACAGUGGUCCAAACUGCCCACGGGCCCAAUGCUAGAGUUUUCCAUCAACACGAGUUCCUGGAGGCAGGUUUCAGCGUACAGGAGGUGGAGAGAUCGCUGCAUGGCCGACAGGACGAGCGAGUGUUGCACGAACUGCGAGAGUGGGCCAAGAAUUUCAUCGACAUUCAGCAGUACAUGGAUGACUUGGCAGUUGCCAGAGGACGAGCCAGAGACCUAAAGGAAGAUCUUGAGACUCAUCAAAGAAAGCUUCACGAGGCAAACAUCGACAGAGAGAACCAGUUUGAGCAGAUCAGAAGGUUGUUGAAGAAGACUGAGAAUCAGAGAGAAAAUAUCCUCACACUAAACGAAAACAUCAACGAACUACUGGAGGUGAAGUUAGAGAGAGACCAACUAGUUGAAGAGAACGAGAAAAUGGCAGAGGCUAACAAACGCUACCAUCUGCACACCACAGAGCUCAAGGAGAAAGUAGAGUCACUCGCAGAAGAGAAGAAGAUUAUUGAUGCCCAGCAGGACCAGAUUGAGUUCCUGCAAGACAAGAUUCAGGCGCUGGGAGGAGGGGAGGGAGAAGAGCCCACUGUUAAACCAGGGGUGUCUGUGGAUGCAGCAGCAUCUACCACCGACACUGAUGCUGGAGAAAAUGGCUCUCGUUCUGAAGCUCCCAUUAUUCCACCUGCUCCUCCACCUCCACCUAUUGAUGGGGUUCCAAUGGCCCCUGCGUUUGUUCCUCCACCACCGCCCAUUGGAGGAGGGCUUGUUGGAGUUCCAAUGAAGAAAGCUGUGGUUCCAAACGUCCCUCUACCCAUGCUCAACUGGUUGCCGAUCAAGAAUCCAGAGCACACCAUCUUCAAGGUUCCCCAAUACUUUGCAGAAUGGCCAGAGGUUUGCUGCUUUUUACUGCCCCUGAUGUAUGCCACAGGAUCUGAAUGAUGAGGCUGUGCUGGAGACAAUUGAUUUCUCAGAGUUUGAGGCCAUGUUUCAAGUGAAGCGAAUCGAGAAGAGCAAGAAAGAUUUAAAGAGGGAAGAGAAUCUUCAGAAGCUGUCUGAGCAGCUUCAUCUGAUCGAACAAAGAAGAGCCAGAAAUCUAGUUAUUGCAAAGAGGAGAAUCGGUCACACGUCGUACCGAGUGACAGAGUUUAUCAUGAAUGCUGACCUCGACGGACUCUUGCCAGAACACUGUGAGCUACUCCUCAAGUUUAUUCCCACCGAGGAAGAGCUCGCAGACCUGACAAAGCACUCGCACAGACUCCACGAGUUUGGAGAGGCAGAAAGAUUCAUCUAUGAUCUUGCUAGGCUAGAUCGCUAUGAGAGUCGACUGACUUCCAUGGCCUACAUGGGCAACUUUGACGACCUUCUCACCACAACUCAACCGCAAAUUGAUGCAGUUCUUUCAGCUUCACUUUCCGUGUUCCGAAGUGCGAGGCUCAAGAAAAUCUUUGAGAUUAUCCUGGCAUUUGGGAACUACAUGAACAGCAGUCGGAGGGGAGCAGUUUAUGGGUUCAGACUGGAGUCUCUGAACAAGCUGGCUGACACUCGGUCCACGUACGAUAAGAAACAGACGCUGCUCCACUACAUAGCUCAUGUGGUGGAGAAACUCUAUCCUCACCAGCUUUCCUUCUACGACGAUCUUGACAUUGAUGAGGCAGCCAAAGUGUCAAACCAGAUUCUGGGAGAGGAUGUGCGGAACUUGAGAGUGGGGCUUGAAGACGUGAAGAUAGAGAAGGAGAAAGAACCAGACAACUUCAUCAUAUUCAGUUUCUACCUCCAUGCCCAGAAGAAGGUCGAGAUACUGACAGAGACAUUCUCAAAGAUGGAGGACGCCUACAGGGAGGUGUGCCUCAUGUUCAGUGAGAGCCCCAAGACAGUGGAGCCCUCAGAGUUCUUCGGAAUGUUCCAGAAGUUUGUCAGAGCCUGGAAGCAAGCAGUGCAGGAGAACCAUGAGUGGGAGCGGAAGAGGAAGAGGGGGCUUGUCACGAAUCUCCUGAAGAAACCCGAGGAAGAGAAGGAAAUGAUGGCCGAGUUGGCAGUCGAGGCUGCGGCCGCUGCAGCCAUGAGGAGAGACAACAUCAUUGAGGAAACAAAGAAGCUGUCUGAGAGUGGCACGAGUGGCGAGAGGGAGAAAGAGGCGGAGAAGGCUGCUCACCGUAUACCACUGGUCUCCCACGACCAAUCACUAGACAUUCACGACAUCAUCAAAGAGAAAGGAGUGCAUCAUUUGGACUUCACGUCCAAACUUGGAUGGUUGAAAGACAAGGUAAAGAGAAGGGUAAAGGACAAGGAAGAGAGUGGAGAAGAGGGAGAAAGUCGAGAAACUGGAGAGCAAAAUCAGCUCGAGAUGAAUACAACUGCCGAUCCCCCUGAGCAAACCACACCCACUGAACACACCCCCGACCCACUCAAAAUUGAAUUUGAAGACGAUCAUGAUGGAAACGGAUGGGACAUGCCUCCCCUGCCUCCCAAAGACUACCUUGACGAGAGUCUCCCUGACCUUCCACCUCGAGACUAUCCCACCACCACCACCUCAGAGCACAUCAAACCGCUCGAACAGACUGGAGACCUCAUCUCGGAUGAUGACUACUACGCUCAUAUGAUGAACGCCCUAAACUCAUGAAUCCCAUAGUUCAUUUAUCCGCAUUCUAUUGCACACUACUGGUACAUAAUAAUAGCAACAC